GGAUGACGCAGGUAGCUCCGGUGUGUGUUAAUGCUGGUCAGCUGCUGUCUGUGGAGAGCAUCAACAUCAGCAGCAGCUCCGAUUGAUGAUGGAGACGGAACCACGGAUCGAGCCGCAGUAGAGAUCCGGGAGAGGAUGCUGCAACCCGAGCCGUGUUUAGCCCGUGUCAGCCGCACUUGCCGUGGAUGAUUUUCCCGAUGGGUUGUGGAGGGAGUCGGGCGGACGCGAUCAUCGAGCCGAGGUACCACGAGAGCUGGACCAGAGAAACGGAAUCGACGUGGCUUACCAACACGGACGUCGAGACCUCCCUGCCAGUAGCAAACAGUAAAGCUCUGGAGGCCAGUCUGAGGGAGAAGAGGAUGGUGAACACAGGCACCCAGUGUGGGAAGCAGGCCCUCACGUCCACUGGCUCCAACCACCAGAGGAGACCCAGGCGCUCCUUGAGUGAUGUAGGUGUCACUAGUAGCAGCAAACCACUCGUGAGUCCAAAAGGAGGGCGUCAAAAGAGGCCAGCGCGUUGUCUAAGGACGGGCAGCCCGUCAAUAUCAACAGCAGUGGAGACGCUGAACCUGGGAACGUGUGUGAUGAAAGAUGAAGAAAAGCCAAGACUCUGUGAAGAGGAAGAUGGCAGCUCGAGCUGUGAAAAGUUCACCAGACGAUGGGACGGGGAUUCACAGACUUGUGUGGAUGAUGUUUGCUCGUGACUUUGCAAGACCUCGGCUGUCGAUCUCAGUGACUUACAACAAAAGCACCCAUGUCUCCAUCCAAAGAGCUCGGGAUGAUGCAUCCUUGUUGUGCCAUUGUUGCAAAUGCAUGCGUGAAGUGAAACAGAGAGUGGAUCACAAAAAGUGUGCACGCUCUCCACCAUGCUCUUCUCCCAUGCUUAUGGAGCCGGUCAGGGAAUGAGUUACUGUGUUAAGCCAAUUUUCAAGGAAAGAAGAACAGACCGUCCUGUUUGCACAUGAUAAUCACAGUCUGCACAUCAAAGGUUUUCUGUGUGGGGCCUUCCUUAAGAAUUAGCUUCAGUUCUUUGUGCAAGUAUAUUCCUUUUGUUGUGAAUGAAAAAACGAUGAUGAUGAUGAUGUUCAACCUCAGUUGAUGCUGUAAAUGAUUUUAAUUUUAAAGACCCUGAAGUGCUGUUUAGAAACUGAGAUUUGGAAGUUUAAUGCCUGAAGGCUGAAGACUGUCUUUUCCAGCCUUUGCAAGAUAAAGAAACAAACACACCCGCAUGUGCCUACAUCUUAAUCUGAAUUGCUCCUGUUUUCACUCUGAGAUUUUUUUUUGUUCAGUAUUAUGUGUUCACCUACAUCUUCUUUUCUGUUAUAUUGUGUUACACCAUUUACCAUGAGUAUGUAUUGUACUGAUGAGUCAUUCGUGUGGCUUACACUGAUCUGCAUGUUUAAAUCAAUCUUAAAUUGUUUCAGCAUUGGUGGAAAAUGUCUCCAAACAUGAUCAGAAGCAAGCUGUCUGAAAUAACACUUUUUGCUCAUUUAUAACACAUAGAGAUUGAAAAGCUGCACAGAGAAGUACAUUAAGAAGAGUUAUUUAGAAUUGGUCAUCAGGAGAGUGAGAGUUAUGGCCAGCAGAUGGCGAUGUUUACCAGUCUGACCGAACAUUUUCUGCUUGUGAUAGCUGUUGCUUGUCAAGAGUUGUUGAUGAUUCCCUGAGAUGAUAACGUUUGAAUGUGUACAGGCAAACUUUUGUGAUGGAAAACAACAUUUAAACACAUGAUCUACCACAGUUUUCUUCUUUGAAUUAAAAUUGUUGUCAGCUUCUUAAGUUGUGAAACUC